AUGAAUCACAUAAAUACAAAAGCACAAGUUAUAGAAGCUUUCAAAGUUUUUGAUCGUGAUGGUAAUGGUUAUGUAACUGUAGAUUAUUUAAGAAAAGUUUUAAAUGAACUUGGUGAUAUGAUGCCAGCUGAUGAAAUUGAAGAAAUGAUCUAUGAAGCUGAUCCACAAAAUUCAGGAUAUGUACAAUAUGAAACAUUUGUGGGAAUGCUCUUCUUAUGGGAUUGA